AUGAAGUCUGCUCAGCUUAGUCGGCGCUUGCAAGGCGAGGAAGAUGAAGAAGGCGAGGAAGAUGAAGAAGGCUACGACUCCGAACAGUACCCCGACUCUGAGCCUCAACUGUCCUUCCCUGUCCCCGCCAUCGACGGCCUUGAUGGUUCCAAGCCUGCUAAGCCAAAGGAAGAGAAGCUCGAUCCCAAGCUAGUGGGUAUGUCUGUCGGUUUCAAGAAUCUCUAUGCUGGAAAGGAAGAUCGCAGAGGCCGCUUCCAGUGGCAGGAGACCAUCCCGGAGGAUCUUGUGCCGCCUGCUGAGAAUGCUGAGACCCAGAAGUGGGCUUUUGUUGCCAGAUAUACAAAGGUUUAUGGCGAUCCUCGCAGAACGCUGGCACUGCACUCCGUCGUCAUCCAGUCGCCACUCCUGAAGAAGGUGCUUGAGGACGUACUCGCUGGCUAUCCCAACGUCACUGUUGGUCUUCAACGCCUCGAGUUCUCCGGUAAAUUCGAAGCUCUGAUCCACCGCUUUCCCGAACUCAACUCGGCCAUCGAUACACUGCAGAAGCAGCUCGAAGACGAACGGAACGCCUCGGCCGAAGUGGCCACAGACGAGGACCUUGAAAUGUCUGGAGUGUCCCUUGGCGAGCACGAUACACCUGUCAGUGGAGAUAAAGCCUCAGAAGUCGCGGAAGCCAACGGCAAGAGCGAUGAGGAGCAGAAGCUUAGUCAGGACAAGACCAAUGGCACCAAGUCUGCCUCUGAGCUUACUCCCGAGUUAACUCCCAGCGACACAGAACUAAGAUUGAAGCACACAGUACUGCUGCGAGACCUCCUCUUCAAUGAGUUUCAAGUCUUGCUUGAAUCCUCUCGAGACAUGAGGGCUCAGGGCGUGUUGACGUACGAAGCUCUCUGGACCAUGUUCGAGCCAGGUCACCUCGUCUAUGCUCGCGAGGAAGGUCAAGACCGCGUCUACAACAUGCUAUCAGGCAAGCACGGUCUGGAUGCGGAAGAGAAACCCGUCUUCUGGCUCAAGGUGCGCUACAUUGACUUUGACGGCACAAAGUUCGGCUGGAGACAAACCAAGAUUAGUAUUUCGGACUACCAAGGCACCUGCCCUAUCGCCUCGCUUGCUGCUUACCCCAUCAACUUCUAUGCCAAUGAAGACGCUCUGCGCGAGAAGCUACUGAAGCGCGGUUCGGACGUUGAGUCUCUGGUCGGCACUCACUACCGAGCAUAUGAUGGAAUUGGAUGGAAGCUUGACAUGUACGGCCAGAAGGAGCGUCACAGCGUCAAAGGCAGAAUCAUUGUCGACACUGUCGGUUGGAAUCGAUACAACCCUAACCAGGCCAUCUUCACGUCAGCACUCGAUAGCAAGGGCAGCGACAAGUCUGCGCCGCCCCACUUGCGUGCCAUGUUCCUGCCGACCUUCGGCGAAUCGCUUGAUGACGGUUGUGGAGGCGGUAUGCCGCUCGAUGGACACUUUGGCGACGAAGAGGACGUCAAGAAGCUUCCAUCCCUUACCGACGACCAGAAGGUACUCUGUACACACCUCAUUCGUGGAUAUGCUCUCAAGGAAAAGAUCUGGCUCAAUUUCUUCGUGAAUUCAGUGCAGGACGUCGCCUUCAACAGUUCUGCCUUCCAGUCUUUGGUCUUGCCUGAGGAUACCAAGGAACUCAUACUCGGCUUCACAUGCACACAACAAUCAACUCGUAUGGCAUAUGACGAUGUCAUCGAAGGUAAAGGCCGUGGUAUCAUUCUGUUGCUCUGCGGUCCUCCAGGUGUCGGCAAGACAUUGACAGCCGAAAGCGUGGCCGAGGAAAUGAAGGUGCCGCUAUUCAUCAUGUCCGCCGGAGACCUAGGCAUGGAUUCUAAGCAUAUCGAAGCUCGUUUGCUAUCCGUCUUGGGCAUGUGCACUCGCUGGAACGCCAUUUUACUACUGGACGAAGCAGAUAUCUUCCUUGAGGAGCGCAGCCGUCAUGAGGUGGAACGCAACAAGCUUGUCAGCAUCUUCCUGCGCGUGCUUGAAUACCAUGAGGGCAUCAUGUUCCUAACCACCAACCGCGUUUCGACCUUCGACCCAGCCUUCCAGUCUCGUAUCCACAUCAGUAUCGACUAUCCCGAGCUAUCUCCCGACAGCCGUCGCAUGAUCUGGGAAAACUUCUUGCGACGCCACAAUGACGCCCAGGAGACAGUUCGCCUCUCGCCGCUCAAGAACCCAGCUUCGUCAAUCAAGUCGGUAUCAGAAGCUCAAGAAGACAAGGACGAUGCUGCUACAAAGGCCAAACACGAGGCUCUGACUCGGCCCCACGCCAUCACCAAGCAAGAGAUUCGCCAGCUCUCGUUGCUCAAGCUCAAUGGUCGUCAGAUCAAGAACAUGCUCAAGACAGCUCAACUGUUGGCCAACCGUAAGGCAGAGCUAUUGCAACACAAGCAUAUCAAGACUGUCCUGGACGCCACCCAGCACUUGCACAACGCUAGUAAGGCUACCGAACAUGCUCGUAGCAGCAUCUUCAACUGA